AUGGUUGCAGUAUAUAGAGCUCCUUCCUGUCCUUUUGAACUUAAUGAGCAACUUUUAAAUGUAAUAAAAUCUGUUAACUCUGUCAAUGAAAAAUAUGAAAUGUUCCUAUGUAUACUCCAUCAUGCAAUCGAAUUGUUUGUUCCUGUGAAACGCGUAUGUGCUCAUAGAGCAUAUCUUCCGGCAUAUCUACAGAGAAUGCAUCGUAGAUACUCUUUGUUUUUUGUGGCCAGAGGUUCCCAAUCUGAAUCAGAUUGGGAGAAAUUUCAUGAUUAUUCAUGUAAAUUUGAUCGUGCCCUCAGGAAAUACAAUAUGCAUGUUGAGAAAAAAAUCAUUAAUAGAUUUUUCAAACUAUUGAAUAAAAAAUUACUGACAUUUCGCAAAGUUUCUUGCAUUGUGAAGGAUGAUUGUAUAGCUGUACUAGAUGAAGACAAAGCUAAUUUAUUAGCCGACAGAUUCUGUGAGGUAUUUUCUGAGGACGAUAAUCUGCUGCCAAGUUUUACUGCUAAUAUAGAAUGUUCAAUGUUAGACUUUCCUUGGUUUGAUGGCUCAUCAGGGUACUCGCUUCUUAAAGAACUGCCUUCUUCAUCAUCGCUAACUCCUGAUUGUAUUCCUGCGACGUUUGUCAAAAAGAUUGCUCAUAUUGUAGCAGAU